AUAGGUUUGUUGUGUGAUUAACAUAAAAAGGCGGGACAUUACGAUACAUAAGUGUCGAGCUCGACAUUAGGGACCAACAGAUUUGUAAGUUGGAAUCUAGUCCGGAUCGAACCUGUACUGGCCCCGAAUCAUUAACCAUCUACGAGGAAGAAUUUGACUCAAGUGAUCGUGACUACACAUCUCUAUCGAAAGCAAAACAACCUUCGUUCUUACGAGCACAACCUUCGUAGUGUUAAUCUAGCCGUAAUCAUCAUACAUGCAUCGCUCUUAUCAGUAGCAGAGUCGUUAUCGGAGAUUGCACUGUUCCCUGCUUAUGGUCAUAGUUACGCGUUUUGUCGGAAGGGAACACUUCGCCUAACAGUCCAGUCAUCGCCAUUCCGCUGUAAAGAUAUGAAACCACACCUGAGGUUUGUUACCGGUUCGAUCGAUCGAGUCUUCUCCGGUCGACAGCCGUGGCAGAUCGUUGCCAUAACUACUACUACGGUGCUCGGCACAGUGUGGCUCUGUCAGGUGCUUUUCCAGGAGGAAAGUCUUUACCGACGAGCGAAAAAAAAGGUGUUCAAACUAGCACGUCUCAUACCGGCCGUGCGAAGGAAGAUCGAUGCAGAAAUUAAGAAAAUAAACGACGGUUUCAUCAAGGACAUUAGUCAGGCGGGUAACUACUAUACCGAACUGCCAAACGAUGGCAUGAGUCAGGACGAAAUACUCAAGCAAGUGGACGAAUACCUGGAACUGGGGCACUAUCGAUGGAAGGAAGGAUUCAUUUCCGGUGCCGUGUACUACUACAAUCCCGAGUUGAUUAGGCUCGUGACGGAAGUGUAUGGUAAAGCGUCCUACACUAACCCGCUGCAUCCUGAUGUGUUCCCGGGCGUGUGUAAAAUGGAGGCCGAAGUGGUCCGGAUGACGGCUACUCUUUUCCACGGUGGCCCAAGAGCAUGUGGUACCAUGACAACGGGUGGAACGGAAUCUAUCAUGAUGGCCUGCAAAGCGUACCGCGAUUAUGCAAACGACCAGCGUGGUAUUACCAAACCCAACAUGGUACUGCCCGUAACAGCCCAUACAGGGUUCGAUAAGGCGGCCAAAUACUUGGGAAUCUUCACGAAGGUGGUGCCGGUAAAUGCCGACACGACUGAGGUGGACAUCAAAGCGAUGGAACGUGCCAUCAAUCGCAACACGGUUAUGUUGGUCGGAUCGGCACCGAACUUCCCGUACGGUACGAUGGAUGACAUCGAAGCGAUAGCGGCACUCGGGCGCAAGUAUAACAUCCCGGUGCAUGUCGACGCAUGUCUCGGUGGGUUUUUGAUUGUGUUCAUGAAGCGUGCUGGUUAUCCGGUGCGCCCGUUCGAUUUUAGCAUUCCCGGCGUAACGAGCAUUUCGGCCGAUACGCACAAGUAUGGUUUUACGCCGAAAGGCUCAUCGGUGGUGCUGUACUCGGAGAAGGUUUACAGACAUUAUCAGUACACCGUAACAUCCGACUGGCCAGGCGGUGUGUACGGUUCACCCACGGUGAAUGGUUCGCGUGCGGGCGGUAUUAUCGCAGCGACUUGGGCUACUAUGAUGAACUUUGGACUAGAUGGUUACGUUGAGGCAACGAAGCGUAUCAUCGAUACCACUCGUUACAUAGAGAAAGAACUACGUGACAUCAAAAACAUCUUCAUAUUCGGCACCCCCGCUACGAGUGUCAUCGGGAUUGGGUCGCGCAAUUUCGACAUUUUCCUGCUGGGUGGAGAGUUAAGCAAUCUGGGAUGGAAUUUGAACUCGCUCCAGUUUCCCUCGGGAAUACAUAUCUGCGUGACAUACAUGCACACGGAGACGGGUGUGGCGGACAAGUUCAUCCAGGACGUCCGCAGUAAGGUGGCACUGAUCAUGAAGAACCCCACCAAACCCGUCGAAGGAAAGAUGGCCAUUUACGGUGUCGCUCAGUCGGUACCGGAUCGUGAGCUGAUCGGAGAUUUCACCAGGUGCUUUAUCGAUUCCAUGUAUUACACGCCUGUCGAUAAGACGACAGAGUAAAACACUGCACGCAAGAAGAACGCAGAAGGAAUACACGUUAAACGUAAAGUGGCUUUACAAACAUCACGCAUAGGGAGAGCAGGAAAUGAGAUGAGAGUAUAUUUUUAAAGCUGACUUUAAGUCGUAUGUAACGUAAAGUAAAAACAAAUGUUGUA